UUAAAUCACUCAAUUUCGGGUCGUUCACCAUGAAAAUCGUCUGGAUUUUCCUAAUAUUCUUCAUCGGGUUCGCAAUCUCUACGGAUGACAAUGAAUUUGCGGAAUUCGAGGAUGAAUUUGUCGGGAGUUCAGCAACACAAGCACCGGAGAUACAACGCGAAGGGGAACCACCUGUAUUGAAGCAGAAAGACGAUUUCGAGGAGGAAGACUUCGGCGUUGUCGAAGAGGAGCCAGAAGAAGCCGAGAAAGUAAGAGAAGCGGAUUCUGACGAUGCAGCUCCGGCUCAACCUCUUAAAUUCGCUGAUGUUCCUGCACAUUUCCGUUCCAAUUGGGCUUCAUAUCAAGUUGAAGGAAUUGUUGUGUUAAUUAUUCUUAUCUAUAUGACAAAUUAUCUUAUUGGAAAAACCACAAAUGCAUCAAUCGCUCAAACUAUCUUCGAUAUGUGCAGACCAACGUUGGAAGAGCAGUUCGCUGUGGUUGGAGACGAUGGCACCACCGACUUGGACAAGAUGAUUCCCAGUUUGAAACAUGACACAGAUUCAACAUUUUCUGCCUGGUGUACAGGACGUGUCAAUGUGAAUUCCCUGUUUUUACAGAUGAAAAUGGUCAAGCGCCAGGACGUUGUCUCUCGUAUAAUGGAAAUGUUCACUCCAUCAGGAGAUAAAAUGACCAUCAAAGCCAGUCUAGAAACCACAAAUGACACUGAUCCUCUGAUCUUUGCAGUUGGUGAGAAGAAAAUCGCGUCAAAAUACUUCAAAGAGAUGCUCGACUUGAACAGCUUUGCCUCGGAAAGAAAACAAGCAGCUCAACAAUUCAAUCUUCCUGCUUCAUGGCAAGUAUAUGCUGAUCAAAAUGAAGUUGUAUUCUCAAUUCUCGACCCAGGAGUUGUAUCACUGCUCAAAAAACACGAAGAUGCUAUUGAAUUCAUCCAUAUCUCGGAUCAAUUCACAGGACCAAAACCAGCAGAAGGGGAAAGCUAUACUCGACUUCCAGAAGCCCAACGAUAUAUGUUUGUAUCACUGAACUUGCAGUAUUUGGGACAAGAUGAAGAAUCAGUAAUGGAAAUUCUCAACUUGGUGUUUUAUUUGAUCGAUAAGGCAAGAAAGAUGAAGCUUAGCAAAGAUGCCAAGGUGAAAGCAGAGAGAAGGAGAAAGGAGUUUGAAGAUGCUUUCUUGAAGCAGACUCAUCAGUUCAGACAAGAAGCUGCUCAAGCUAGACGUGAAGAGAAAACUCGUGAGCGAAAGCAGAAAUUAAUGGACGAAAGUGAUCCGGAGAGACAGAAGCGGUUGGAGGCCAAGGAACUUAAACGAGAAGCCAAAGCAAAAUCGCCAAAGAUGAAGCAGUUGAAAGUCAAGUAAAUAGUCGCCAUUCAAAUUAUUUUAUUUUUCAUGAUUAAGCCUCAAAUUUCUCAAGUUUUCCAUGUUCUUUCUCAUUUUUAAUAUCUUUAAACUAUUCGGUUCUUGAAAUGUUUUGUUUUUGACUACAUUCCUUUUCCGCUCAAUUAGGUUAUCUCGUUCCCCUCAAUUUUGCAUAUUUUUGCAUAAUGCGAAAAUAUUCAAAUUUUGAAUUUAAGUUCCACCCUUGAAAUUGAAUUUUUGAUGAAAAGUAUCUGUUU